AUGGCAGUAAAAGGAGCAAACAAAGCAUUAGUGCCACUUAGCAGUCCAACUUCUAAUUUACUUUGUUUUAUUUCAGAUAAACAGAAUCCUCCACCCAGGCCACCACCACCUUCUAACCGAUCCGCUUAUGACUCUCACGCUUCUGCGCCCGCUACGGCCACACCCGCAGUGAUCAAUCCUCCUUAUCCGGUUCAGUCCACUCCAUAUCCGUACAGUGCCUACACUUAUCCGAUGCCAACCGUACAGAUGCCGAUGGCCUACAAUCCUUAUUCCCAACCGGUGAUGCCAUAUCCUCAAGGUUACCCAGCUCAGCCACAGCAGCAACCUCAAUCUCAACCCCCACCUACACAGAUGCCCAAUUACCCUUAUCCUUAUCCCUAUCCUCAGCAACAAUGGCGUUGAAAAGUCUUCUUUUCUGUCGAAAUUUAGCAGGUGUCUUUAGACGAGACCGCUUUGGGACCACGUGACGAAUGUAAUUGGAGCCUAGAGAGAUUUUUCGGCAGCAUUAUUGUCAUUAAAAAAGAAUUUAUGCCUCAGAAUACCAAAUGCCUACUCUGCCUCGUUCAGUCAUUAAACUCACGUUAAGCUGUCCGAAAAGACGAUUGCCACUUUUGACCUCAAUAUGUAAUAAAGUUAAACAAAAAAAAACUUAUAAAAUAUAAAUUUAAAAUGUAGAAUAAUGUGCACAGAUUUGUAAAAAAAGAAACUAAGAAAAAUAAAACUUGUUUUCUAUACUU